GACUCUCUUCUUCCAUCCUCGUGAGCAUCGCAGGCUUCGCUGCCAAAAAUUCCAUGGUUAUAUCGUAAAAUGCAUUCUAUGACAAGGCCCAUAUGAUGCCUCGUGAUCUCCAUCCGAACAUACACCGUGAUCAUCCAGCACUUGUGAUCUCUUUUUACCUGCCAGCUAUAUAAAUGGAGGUGGAAGGAGCGGCAGCGUUCUCGAGGGUCUCUCAUCUGCUCUCUUCUGAAAUGCUCAACGUCGCCCUUUUUCUUCUGGGCUUGGUGUUCAGCAGCGACGUGCUCGCGUCCUCUUCUUCGUCCGGAUCAGCGCCCAACCUUGUCGAUGUCGGCUAUGCGAGCUAUCUGGGAAACCAGUCGUAUCCCAACACGGUAGCCUACCUGGGCAUUCCCUAUGUCGAGCCUCCCCUGGCCGAAUUACGAUGGCGCGCACCGCUGCCUCUGAACACGACUCGCAUCUCCCAAGAAUCAAACAGACAGGUCAUCAAUGCCACCACGUACCCCAUGUUCUGUGUCCAAGGUUCCAUCGGAGGUGGGGAUCACGGAGGAGCUGGCUCGGAAGAUUGUCUCAAAGUGAAUAUCUACGCACCUGCUGGAGCAAAGGAAGGAGAUAACCUGCCUGUCCUGUUUUAUAUACAUGGUGGAGGCUAUGUCUACGGAAACCCACGCAAUUGGCCAUUUGACCCCUGGAUCAACCAGAGUCCAAACAUUGUCAUCGUGUCCGUCUACUACCGCCUCGACUCCUUCGGCUUCCUGUCCCACCCCGACUUCGUGGACGCCUCCAUAGGCGACUUCAACGGCCAGAGUGCUGGAGGGAGUUCUGUGGAACUGCACAUGGUGGCUCAUGAAGACGAAGGAUUGUUCUCUGGUGCCAUCGCACAGAGCGUGUUUAGGGGACCCGUGUCCACCCCCAAAGAACAACUGCCCCUUUUUGAUUUCUAUUCCUCCUAUGCAGGCUGUGGGGACGGGACAACCGCAGCGCAGAUGACCUGUUUGAGGAAUGUGAGCCAAGAGAGUCAUAGAUACUCUUGCACAUAUGGGCAUAUCAACAUCUAUGAAUGCAAUUCACACCACUAUUUGAUUGCUAUCAAUGGAGUCUCAUCAAGCCCUUCAAGAUCUUGGCCAAACCCUUUUUGCAUCGUACACAUAUGACAAUUUUGACGUCGAUCUCAAAACCAGAGCUUCCACUAUUGAACUUUCUACAGACAGUCUGAAGCACCUCACGUCUGGCCUGUUAUUUCCGCUGCAACAUGGGGUUUCUCAGGUCGACCUCAAGUGCUCACAUGCCCUUUGGAAAUAGUGGCACCUUAACCCACAGCUUCGUACCAAAGACCUUCCACCCAAGAAAACAUUCAAAGAUUUACUAACCCUCCAUUCACAACCAACAGACAUAGCUGGACUUAGCCCACGACAACAGUUCAUCGCAUGGAAGUUCCUGAGCGACCUCUUGUACUUCGGAGCAUUGUAUUUUUCAGGUUUCAAAUCUCAGCUUGAAAAACCUUCUGUUAUAGAACAAAUUCCUCUCAUCAAAACACCUGUCAUUGCUGCCCGAGUAAUGGAUGUGAAUAACUCAACCAUUUCAGGUAACGUCCAUGCUGUAUCCGAGCAUGUAGUCCUAUUCCAUGGGGAUUUGGGCAUAGGAGAGCGGCUGCAGGCCAUUUAGGAGCAAAGGGCAAUUUGAGGAGACACCCUAGAACUGUUUUCAACACCUCAUUUUUGUACCAGGUCUCUUCCAUCUUCAAAUGACUUGUGCUGAUGCAUUAUGGCGCACAUUCCUGCAAUCGGCAACAGCAAGACAAGAUGAAAUGAGCUUGAUGCACAAUGUGUCCAAGUU